UCGGCCGAUUCGUGCUGCCAGCCAACGUCAGCCGGGUAUAGAGUACUUCUUGCUCCAUAGCUAUCGCCGCCGCCGCCAUCAAUAGUAUUGAUAUCACACGCCACCCACACUAUCCGUAUGCGUACAUGCCGCAGGCAACCUCUAGAGAAGAGAGCGGAGGCCCUAGCUUUGUCCCGCCUCAAGAUGUCUCCUUCAUCCCACCAACAAGCCCACCUCAGCUCAACAUUGCCGAACCUGACAGAAGCAUACGGACGACCUUUAGUUGAAGACCAAAGGGCGUGGUGCUCUAUCCGGCGUUCCUGGCUAACGCAUUGCCGUCGCUAUCGGCUGCAUCUGAUCAAUUGGUCUCUUUUUGGUCGCUCUCUCACUCGACCCCGCUAUCAUCCUCGUGUAGCGGGCGGGGAAGCAUGGCCAUAUCGACGUUGCUCACCACCCUCCGCGGCAUCGAUCGCCUCUGCGCUAGCUCGUGAAAAUCAAGACGACGACAACCGUGAUGACCGGCCACGAGCCGAGGAACCCUCCAAACCAGAUCGGGUUCAAGGCUCAAGCCACCACAGGGGAAUGAGAAAAGCAAACACUGCGACAAUGAACCAUUUCAGCCAACCCGAGAACUGUUUCAUUCCACCCGAGCGUGGUCACCGCUGCCGCCUCCGACUCUCCCGCGUGAAUGGAAGCCAGAAGUCAUGCCCUAGGUACCUAGGCACCUGCAAGCCCACCUCUCUACAGACUACUGACUACAGGUCCACAGGAGAGUCGUUGCUCUUCGACGAACCGAGCGCCCGGCUAGCUGACGAUGCAGUGAAGUAGCACUGGCAUCUGACGCUAUCACACCAUUGUCUCAAUCCUCCCUUGGACCCGAAGAGUGCAGAUUGCACUGCAGCUGCUGCAUUCUUAUCGAAGCGGGCACCUCAAGCAUCCAAGCGUCUUU